AUAAAUAUUUACAACGGUUCAGUUCGUCAGGAGAAAACGAGGGAUGUGGAACGUAAAAGCCACACGUGUUGCAUAGUUUUGCACCUGAAUUGAAAAUACCAUCGAUAGGUAGAACGCAACACGUGCUUCCUCUGAAGAUUGCAAUCCCUCAACUGAGUAAUAUAUUUCUGUCGGACAGCAGUAAUAUCUAGUAAAUAUGGCUGAUAAGAUAAAGUCAUUUUUUCAACAGAAGAAGAAGGAUGCUAAGUUUAUGAAUGCAGGAAAGGGAUACAAGUUGACGGAAUCUACUAGUAGUAGAUUAGCUCCACCAGUACCUGCAAGACCAGUGUUAAGAGCAGAACCUACAGAAGAAGCUAAAAUAGCAGGCCAAGCUGCCUUAGCAAGAUUAGAAGCGAAGAAAGUUGAUAAGCCGAGAUUCAAUACGUCAUAUGCCGCUAUUCAAGCACGUGUUAAGCGUGAGAUGGAAUUGGAAAGAAAAGCACAGCAAAAUUCACAACAGGCAGAAAGUACAGCACUGCAAGAAAAAAAGAAUAGAAUUGAAGAUCCUUCCAUGUAUGCAGUAGUUGAUGUAUUUUUCCGUUGUCCAUACAUAUCUGAUGAAAUAUUGCCGCGAGAUCAAUGGAAGAAGAAAAUAAGAGACUUUUUAUAUGACGAACGAGGGGGAGAGGAACCCGGAUUAAUAGCGAGCUUAAUUAUUCAAAAUUGCAACAGCGGGAGGGAAAAGAUUGAGAAUUGUGUGGAGACGCUUGGAAAAUACUUGGAGAAUAUUAUUAAGAAUCCCGACAUGGAGAAAUAUUGGAAGAUUAGAAUGUCCAAUAGAAUAUUCCAAGACAAAGUUUUGCCCAUUGAAGGAGCGUUGGAUUUCUUGAAAGCAGCUAAUUUUGAUCAAAAGAUGUUACUGAAUAACGGGAACGAAGAAGAUUUCCUAGUAUGGGAUCCCGACAAUGGCGGUAUCGAGGAGCUUACGGUUUUAUAUGACGCUCUGAAAUCUGCCGAACAGAUUCCUAUUGAGUUAGAUAGAAAUCUACAAGUAUUAAUGCCUUGUCAAGCUAGAGUAAGGAAUGAAUUGCCACCUAGUUUUUUCACGAUAUCUUUAGAAGAGAUAAAAAAGGAACAACAAUUGCGGACGGAAGCUGUAGAAAGGAACCAAAUGCUGAGAACAAAGGCUAUGAGGGAGAAAGAUGAACAGCGUGCACUUAGGAGGUAUAAAUUCGCAGUGCUACGCAUUAAAUUUCCAGAUGGGUUAAUAUUGCAAGGUACUUUUAUGGUGCACGAGAAGUUCCAAAAUGUACUUGAAUUUGUAACUGAGAAUCUAGCCUAUUAUAAAGUGCCCUUUUCAUUGAUGACACCGGACGGGAUAAAGCUAAUGGAGGAGUGUCUCGACAAAACGCUUUUAGAAUUACGAUUGAUUCCCACAGCUAUUUUGGAAUUUUCCUGGAAUACAUCCAGUGGCAGUAGUUGCUCGGGCACGCCUACAGAAUAUUUGAAGGAAGAAAUACUAUCUUAUAUACAAUCAAUUUGAAAAUAAUUUUGCUCUGUCAACAGGCAAUCAUCAGGUGGAAAUAUUUACAUACUUACAAAUGCAUUUUUACAGAUUUUUUUAAAUCAUUUUUUGCGAUCAAUAUUGAGAAAUAGUCAUGUUAUUGUUUUACGACUAUCUUAGGCUUCGAUCGUGUCACUUUCUCACAUAUUUUUAUAUUAACCUUACUCGAAAUUAUUUCAAACACUGAAGCGAACUUUUCAUUUAUAUAAAUCAAGUAUAUUAACUCAUCUAAAAGGAUGUAACACUUGUAUAAAACUAUCUCUUUAUUCUUUGCCGCAUAAUUUUCUUACGAUACAUAUUCUGAUAAUAUUAUCAUAAUAUAUGUAUAAAACUGAGCAUAAUAAUAUUUAGCCGAGCAUACUUUGUGAAACUUAUUUCUUUAUUCAAAAUAAACCUGUCACGUGUAAAAAAAAUCGGGGAUCAGCGAGAGGCGGGAAUGAAUACUUCGUUGAUUCGCAUGUCCGGAGCUAAUGUAAUUACAUGCGUGGGUACGUCGGAUUGUCUCGACGUCGAGAAUUUGUACUCGUCACACUUCUUUCUCGCCGCGUCUCCGUCGCAUCGACAUUUUCGACGCGCCUGCGGAUGCGCGCACCCGGAGUAUCGCUCGAAGUACGAAGGGUUGCCCGCGCACAGGGAAACCGGUUAUCCGCGCAGCCGUGCAGCUGCUGGACCGCAGACGGUUUUGUGUCUCCCGGCAA